AUGGUGGCAUAUAUAAACAAUCAGGAAGGAGAAUUGGCUAGCGGAUACUGCGUCCAGGUUAAAGUUAGAGCACCAAGACUAGUUAAUUUAGAAAAACAGAAAAGUCCUGACUAUGUAUAUAUUGCAACUUUUGUGAAAAAGAUAGAAGCCUUGGACAAACUCUUCUUAGAUAUUAAUACCCAAAGUUUUAAACAAAGUAAUUCGAGAGAAAGUGAUGAUAACUCUAAUCUUUUCUUUGUAGCAAAUAGCACCCUAGUUCUCUACUUUACUUCAUCUUUUGGCAGAUUUUCUGGUUAUAAUUUUACUGAACUCAAUUAUUCACAAUCAUCAGAAAUUGAACAGAAGAAUAGGACUUUGGAAUCUUUACAUAGUGUGUUUAUUAGAAAACGCUUAUCAAACAAGGGCCUUCAGGAAGAAGAUAUCAACCUUUUCUCUGUAGCAUAUAAUUUAAAAGCAUCAAAAACAUUUUUAAAAGAACAAUUAGAUCAAGGGAAAGCAUAUAACAUAAUAGCAAGUUAUAGGUCUGCUAUUAGUAAAAUAUAUGAUUUAAUUAAAGGCAAGAAAGUAGAAUCUCACUUUUAUAUUGUUCAAAUCAUGAAGGGAAUUUAUAAUUCAAAUUUACCUCCUUUACACUCAGACAAG